GAGUCCCUCUUCUACUACUGUUAUAAAAACUCUAUCUACUGCAUUUGCAUUUGGAAAAAAGAAAAAGAGAAAUAUUAGGCGAAUUCCGCGAGGAAAAUAUAGUCCAUUUGCAAGUUGAAAAUGAGGGAAACAAAUAUUCCUUAUCUCUACAAAAAUUUGCAGGCUCUACUGUUCCAUCACUACUUUGUAAACUUCAGACCAAAGUUUCUUGUUGUUUAGCUUAGUUUCUCUUUCAAGCCAAUCACGACACUUGGUUACACGAACCCCCUAAAGUUUCGGUAAUUACAUGGAGAAAGAGUAACUUUUCGGCAGAUUGAACAAUCCAAAAUAUGGGUUUUUCAACUUUGGGCUUGUGUUCUCAUAUUUUUGUUGGAAAUGGUCAUGGAAAGAAUGUAAAGUUCCAAUAUUUCAAUGACAUAGGAAGAAGCACCCUUAGUUUCAAGCUUUUCAAUUCUCGGCGUGUCUCAGCAAGGCCACUCUCAAGCAAGUUUGAAUCGAUUGCGUUCGAAGAAAGAACAAGCCCAACUGAGGUCAAAAAAGAAAUAGAACUAUGCUAUGAACUCAUACGCAGACUGGGGAAGGGAGUAGUGUAUUUGGGUUCAUCAAGGAUGGGACCUGGUCAUUCACAUUACUCACAAACACAAGAAUUGGGAAGAGAGAUUGCAACUCUUUUGGACUGUACAACUUGGUCUGGAGCUGGUCCGGGACUAAUGGAUGCUGCUACUAAAGGUGCUUUAGAAGCAGGAAAACCAGUUGGUGGAUUUAAGAUUGGUAAAGAAGCUGGGGAAUGGACUACAUCAAAUUUCCACCCAUACCUUCCAUCAGAAGCAUAUCUAACUUGCAGGUAUGUGCGAUUAAAUGCUAGAAAGUUUUCGAAAAUAAGGCUUAAAUGCAGGUAUGUUGCCCCAAGUUGGUUUAAAUGCUUUAUGAAAUGCAGGUUUUUCUCUGCUAGGAAACAUGGUUUGGUGGAUGCUGCAGUGAGGAGGAGCAUCACAGACCGAACAGCUGUUGUUGCUCUUCCUGGCGGGAUUGGAACUCUAGAUGAAAUGUUUGAGAUAUUAGCAUUGAUUCAACUGGAGCGAAUCGGAUCAGAGCAUCCAGUUCCAUUCUUGUUAAUGAAUUAUGAUUCAUUCUAUUUGAAGCUGCUGGACUUUCUCGAUGAUUGCAAGGUGUGGGGUACUGUCUUCGAUGGAGAGGUUGCAUCUUUAUGGAAGGUUUGCAAUAACAACUCUGAGGCUUUAGCUUAUUUAUCCAAAUUUUAUAAUAUGACUACUGGCGAUAGAGAUGGUUAUGAAGCCGAAUCGACUAGCGGGCAUAGAACAAUUUGUUGAUAGGAUUUUGAUUUUAUUUACUUGUUGCAAAGAGAUUGCCCUGCAACUAAUGCUUAGCUGAUAUCUCAAACUGUUGUAGACUAUUUGAAUCUGGUUGAUGGAAUGCUCUUAUUUUGUUUUAAGGAUACCAUCAUAAUAUAUUACCUAUCUAUACUAAAUAUUUUUUGUCAGA